AUUCAACGUAAAACGCGGCGUUUCGGAGAUCCCUUGGAGUCGAAAAUAUAAAAAAAACCAGCCCAUGUAAAACCUCAAAGCAGUCUCUCUUACGCUUUACUUGAACUCCAUUCUCGCGAAGCUCGAAAUCAGCUAAGGUACUCUUCACGAGGCCUAUCUCCCUCUCUUUCUCUCUCAUCAGAUUCUUUACCACCAACAAUGGCCUCGCAAUCCCCGCCCACAACCGCGUUCUUUACACGCGCCACCCAAUCCACCUUCACGCGCCGCCCAUGGCGCGAGUUCGUCUCUCUCUCAUCCUUCGCCCGCCCCAUCUCCUGCGGCGACGCCACCGCCCGCAUGAAGCGGAACCUCACUUACUUCCGCGUGAACUACGCCAUGAUUAUCCUGCUAAUCCUCUUCCUCAGCCUCCUAUGGCACCCAAUCUCCAUGAUCGUCUUCUUGGUCGUCUUCGUCGCCUGGUUCUUCCUCUACUUCUUCCGCGAUGAUCCCUUGGUCAUUCUCAACCGUCCAAUCGACGACCGCCUUGUGUUGGUGGUCCUCGCCGUAAUUACGAUCGUAGCACUGGUUCUGACCGACGUUUGGCUGAACGUGUUGGUUUCCGUUUUGAUUGGGGCUUUUAUCGUGGGACUACACGCUGCGUUUAGGGGAACGGAGGAUUUGUAUUCGGGUGAACCGGACGGUGGCGAGGGUGGGCUGUUCUCGGUUGUGGGCAGCCCCACGCGAGCUGGGUACUCCCGCGUUUAAAUCCAAAUGCCGUCCGAGUUAUUAUUAAUUUGACGGUGAAUCGAUUCUUUGCUUACACUAGUAGUAACAUACAUAUAUUUAUAUUUUUUUGUUGUUUUUAAUUUUAAUUUUCUUCAAAGCGUUUGUAAAUUUUGUAAUGUGAAUUAGUUGAUCAAAUACUAUAGGGUAUGAAAGGAAUAGUUUCCAAGUGUUAAUCCAAAUUCUAGUUAGUUUGAUUGAUA